UGUUUCUGGUGAAGGACGGUGGGUGGUUUGUGUGUCCUAGGUCACUACGUCUAGACAGUCGUGUUUAUGGCUCGUUCCAGAGCUCCUUCGUCUUGCUUUGGAGCCAAAAAGCAAAGGUUGGAUGAGGAAUCAACAUCACGACCAUGCGUUCCUCGUAAUGGCCUUAGCACACCUGGGGUUGUUAGACAUGAAAUGUGUUACUUUUGCUUUGACGUCCUUCACAACCAUUUGCGUAAUAUUGAACCUCCCCCUGCCCCCAAGACAUUUCCAAACAGCUCUUAUCCGCUUUUCGUGACAUGGACGUACGGAAAAGAGGAAAAGCUGCGUGGAUGUAUAGGUACUUUUACUGCUAUGAAUAUCCAUAGCGGUCUUCGUGAAUAUGCGAUUAACAGUGCCAUCAAAGACAGUCGCUUUUCACCAAUAACAGAAGAAGAGUUUCCUCAUCUCACAUGUUCAGUCUCCUUGCUUUUGAAUUUUGAAGAGGGGAAAAACUAUCAGGAUUGGCAGAUUGGUGUUCAUGGAAUUCGAAUUGAAUUUGUUAAUGAAAAGGGAUAUCAUCGCACUGCUACGUAUUUGCCUGAAGUUGCCUACAAACAAGGUUGGAAUCAUUGUGAAACCAUCGAUUCUCUUCUUCGAAAAGGUGGUUACCGUGGUAAUAUAAGUGAGGCAUUUCGACAAUCAAUUCGGCUACUAGAUAUCGUAGCGAAAAAUAUAGUGUGCAUGCAUCAGAGUAUUUACGUGCUCGUCAGAAUGGUUAUCGCGUUUAAUAUGAAUUGUGUUCUGUACGACAAUUAUUUCAAUGUUUGUGUAUGAACGAAUAAUAAAACAAUUGGCUGCAUAAAAAUGUACGCUGUAAAUCGCUUAUCUAACCUAAAUCUAUAUGGGUACAUCAUAUUUAUUCUACAUUCUUUGUUUUCUAAGCGUCAAUUCCU